GCCCAUCAAUUUCAUCCCGGUGCGAUCGGAGGAUCAUGAAGCUCACAGUCCCCAACCCGGGCCUGGAUGACAGGAUCGCGUCCCACCAGCAGCUGGACAAGCUGGAGCAGGACGAGGCGGGAGACAGGCCCAAAUGGGAGAACAAGGCGCAGUACAUGCUGACCUGCGUGGGCUUCUGUGUGGGACUGGGAAACGUCUGGCGCUUCCCCUAUUUGUGUCAGAGUCAUGGAGGAGGGGCGUUUAUGAUCCCCUUCCUAAUCCUGCUGGUUCUUGAGGGAAUCCCUCUCCUGCAUCUCGAGUUUGCCGUGGGUCAGCGUUUGAGGGCAGGCAGUUUGGGAGUGUGGUCCUCCAUUCAUCCUUACUUAAGCGGGAUCGGUAUCGCCUCCAUGUGUGUAUCUCUGACCAUCAGCCUGUACUACAACACCAUCAUUGCUUGGAUUCUUUGGUACUUCUUCAACUCAUUUCAAGACCCUUUGCCUUGGAGUCACUGUCCAAUGAAUGAAAACUUAACAGGCCUGGUCUCGGAGUGUGCAAGCAGCUCCCCAGUGGACUAUUUUUGGUACAGGGAGACGCUGAACACAACGGCGAGCAUUGUGGAUGAUGGCGGCAUCCAAUGGUGGACGUUGUUAUGUCACAUAUGCGCCUGGUCGGUGCUCUACGUCUGCAUCGUGCGUGGUAUCGAGACCACCGGCAAGGCUGUAUACGUGACUUCAACUCUGCCAUACGUGGUGCUGACCAUCUUUCUGAUCAGAGGACUGACGCUGAAGGGAUCUUUGAGUGGACUCAAGUUUCUUUUCACACCUGAUCUCGCAGAGCUGGCUAAGCCUUCAACGUGGAUGAACGCAGGCGCUCAGGUCUUCUACUCCUUCUCGCUGGCUUUUGGAGGCCUCAUCUCCUUCUCCAGCUACAACUCAGUACAUAACAACUGUGAACAGGACGCGGUGAUCAUCUCGAUCAUUAACGGCAUCACAUCUGUGUUCGCCGCUACGGUCAUCUACACCGUCAUCGGCUUCAGGGCAACUGAGCGAUUUGACGCCUGCAUUGACGGGAACAUCCUGACUCUCCUAAAUACCUUUGACCUUCCUGAGGGACACAUCAUUGACAGCAACUACACUGAGGCGUUACGGCAUCUCAAUGCAACACAUCCGGAUGUGAUUCAAGGGCUGAAUCUUGCCACUUGUGAUCUGAAUACGUUUCUCAGUGAGGGAAUUGAAGGAACCGGUUUGGCGUUCAUCGUGUUCACAGAGUCCAUCAUUAAGAUGCCCUUCUCGCCGCUGUGGUCGGUCCUCUUCUUCGUCAUGCUCUUCAGCCUCGGCCUGUCGUCCAUGUUUGGGAACAUCGAAGGAGUUGUGGUACCUCUGCAAGACCUCAACGUUUUUCCCAAGAGGUGGCCCAAAGAAGCCGUCACCGGUGUGACGUGUGUGCUCUGCUGUCUGGUGGGCCUGAUCUUUGUCCAAGGCUCAGGGAACUAUUGGCUUUCUUUAUUCGACACCUAUGGAGGAUCAAUCCCACUGCUGGUCAUCGGAUUCUGUGAGAUGAUCUCGGUGGUUUACAUAUACGGAAUAGAUAGGUUCAAUGAAGACAUCGAGUUCAUGAUUGGACACAAACCCAACAUCUUCUGGCAGGCGACGUGGCGAUUCAUCAGUCCGCUCAUCAUGAUCUUCAUCUUAAUCUUUUACUUCGUCACCAAAGUUUCAGAAAAGAUCUUUUAUAAAGCCUGGGAUCCUGAAUAUGAGAAAUUCCCAAUUCUGGAGGAGAAGUUGUAUCCACCGUGGAUCUAUGUGAUCAUCUUCAUCGUGGCAGGCAUCCCCAGUAUUGCUAUACCUUUCAUUGCACUGUUUAAAUGUUUAAGGGCAAAGAAGAAGUCAAAGCUGCGCGUUUAAAUGAAUGGCAAACCCGACUGAUCACAUGCUUCAUAGUCUUCAUUUCAAUCUAUUUUCAAACACUAUAUACACGUAUUGCUUCCAAUGCUAUGAAUUCAUCUUUCAAUGUGUAUAUUGUACAACUAAACUACAGUAGGGCUUUAUGGUGUUGUAGCUCUGUGUCCAGCAGGGGUCAGUAUUGAGAUUUGUUAAGCGUAUUUUUGAGGCGUGUCAAUCAUUGCUGUUUAUUUUCUGUAUUUUUUCCCCAGUAAUUAUUUGAAUCUUUAAUUUUGCAGUGUGUUUUAUUCAUGUACUUUGUAUUAAAAAUGUGGAUGUUUUUAAUGUGUACUGUAUUAAAAAAAAAUGUAAUAAACUUUUGUGCACGUGUC